AUGGAGGUUUUUACUAUUUUACUAUUUUUGAUAGUUUCUUAUGUAAAGUCUGUAAAAAUAGAAAAAUCUAUUAUCUACGUAGCUUAUGACCAACAAAGUAAACUAUUUCACUUAACAACUACGUCAGUUUCGAACUGGGCAGCAGAAGCGACGUUCCGCAAUGAUGUCAAUCAAACUGGCUGGGCGUACCUUGACAUUGAGACAAAUCCUGCCCUGGAUAACGAUGUUCAGGCGUAUGCUGCGGGUCUGGCCGAGGGUCAGCUCACCCAGGAGCUGAUAUCUCUACACUGGAGGAACAUAGCGUACACAUGUCCAGAACCCUACACACCAUUCUGUCAGAGACUCCGCCACUUUCUCACACAGAACCUCAACUGGGUCAGAUCACAGACUGAUACACAUCAAAAUGACCAGUAUUGGGAACAGGUGAAGCUUUUCUACAUGCAGACGGCUGGACUUCAAGAUGGAUAUUUUAAUAACCCCAAGGCACCGCACAUGGACAUUGACAUAUUUGGACUGUAUGUGCUUCAACUUGGUGAUGAUUUGCAAGAUUUGGAGCUAGUUCUGAACAAACCGAAAACAACACGGGUCACGGGUUCUGGAUCGUGCUCUGCACUCAUUAAAGUGUUGCCAGGCAAUGGCGAUCUGUAUGUUUCACAUGUCACAUGGAGCUCCUACAACACCAUGUUACGAAUUCUCAAGAAAUACUCCUUUCCUUACAGAGUCAGCAGCACGAGUUCCGAUCGUGUUCCUGCUACGACAAUGACGUUUUCAUCUUACCCUGGAUAUUUGUGGUCUAGUGACGACUUUUAUCAACUUGACUCAGGUUUGGUUUCCUUGGAAACUACAAUAGGAAACAGUAACACAGACCGUUGGAAGUAUGUAACCUUUCAGUCCGUGCUUGAAGGAAUUCGGUCUCAGGUGGCUAACAGAUUGGCAGUGACAGGCGAACAGUGGGCCACGACAUUCUCCAACUUCAACAGUGGAACCUACAACAACGAGUGGCUGAUAGUGGAUUACAAACUGUUUGAACGCGGCAUGAACAGUCUGAAACCAGGAACACUCACAGUGCUCGAACAAAUACCUGGGAUGAUUGUAUUCAAUGAUUCCACAUCUGUGCUGGUACAGCAGGGCUACUUUCCAAGUUACAAUGUAGCGUAUUUCCCUGAAGUGUUCAAUGCCAGCGGAGGACCUGAGAGUGUAAAGAAGUAUGGAGACUGGUUCUCGUAUGAUGGAACACCUCGUGCCAAGAUCUUCAAACGAGACCAUGUCAAAGUGGGGGACCUCAAGUCAAUGCAGAAACUAAUGAGGUACAAUGACUUCCAGCACGAUCCAUUGUCGCAGUGUAACUGUACUCCACCCUACAGUGCUGAGAACGCCAUCUCAUCUAGGUGUGAUCUGAACCCGGCCGAUGGGAAAUAUCCAUUUGGUGCUUUAGAUCACCGAGCAGACGGAGGACUAGACAUGAAGUUGACAUCUUUAGAACUGUUCCACAAAGGGAUGUCUUUCAUCGCCAUUUCAAGUCCAACCUAUGACCAGCAGGUGCCAUUCCAGUGGAGUAAAUCAAACUUUUCCAUCAAAGAGUCUCCUCGGUUUGGACAUCCAGACCUUUUCAAAUUCCCAACAAUGUUUUUCAAUGGCUCAGCUCCUCUUAAGUCAUAUCCUAUUGAAGAAUAAAUGGUUUAGUUGAAAGAUAUUCCAGUUGUCAUGGUGACUGAUUUACUUUGUAACAGCUGUGACUUUUCCAGAAUUGAUCACAAUAGGGGGUAGGGGUGGGGGGUGUAGGUAGAUCAGGUGUCCUGUAUCCUUAUUCUGUUUAUUAUUCCAGCUAGGGUGCAGGAGGGAGUUUGUUCCUUUACCCACCACUCACAAAAUAAAAGUUUAUUUUAUAAACCAUGAAUGCAUGGGGAGAAAAGAUGUAACAAACCCAGCAGGCAUAAAAAGAUAUUAAUAAUGGUGCUUUCCAACCACACCCCAAACACCAAGUGUUUAAUUCUGGAAUCGCUCUUAGCCGACUCAUUUAUUAGUAGGCUCACUUGAUAAACCAUUUAAUUUUAUAAUAUUUCAUCACUUGAUCUGAUCAUGUUAACUUAUUUUGCAAAGAAUAUAUUUACAUACAAAUUUAUUAUUUUUGUUACCGUUAUUAUGAAUGUAUAUUCUUGUGAUUUACUGAUAUUAAGAACAGCAUUACUGUUAUUAUGAAUGUAUAUUAUUGUGAUUUACUGAUAUUAAGAACAGCAUUACUGUUAUUGUGAAUGUAUUUUAUUGUGAUUUACUGAUAUUAAGAACAGCAUUACUGUUAUUAUGAAUAUAGUUUAUGAUUUACUGACAUUAAGAACAGCAUUACUGUUAUUAUGAAUAUAUUUUGUGAUUUACUGACAUUAAGAACAGUAUUACUGUUAUUAUGAAUAUAUUUUAUUGUGAUUUACUGAUAUUAAGAACAGUAUUACUAUUAUGAAUAUAGUUUGUGAUUUACUGAUAUUAAGAACAGUAAUACUGUUAUUAUGAAUAUAUUUUAUUGUGAUUUACUGAUAUUAAGAACAGUAUUACUAUUAUAAAUAUAUUUUGUGAUUUACUGAUAUUAAGAACAGUAUUACUGUUAUUAUGAAUAUAUUUUAUUGUGAUUUACUGAUAUUAAGAACCUCCAUGUGAUGAACAUGAUUUCCCAUACUAAGUAUAUAUUUGUCUUUAAUAACAUGCAUAUACAGGUUAUAUUUACAAAUUAUAUCAAAUUGUAUACAUUUAUUUAAAAUGUUGAAAACACCAUUGUUCUAUCCUCGAAACACUGUACAAUAUAUUAAAAGAAAUCCCAUUGUU